CAGCUUCUCGCACAGCAAUCGACACCCGAUCCAAGAGCACGGAGUUGCGCGGCGGUCAAGUAAGGUCGUUAAGUACGCGGCAACAUCAUAUCGCCGAUACUCUAGCGCACAUUCCAGCGCCGCCGUGAUGCAUCCCUCGUCGCGAUGCUCGCAGAGGAAGUGAACGACGUUCAGGUGACCUCGUGCAGCUGCUGUCAUUAACGCCGCGUCCGUGCACCCUUCACGGCGAUGUUCAUGUAGAAAGCACACGAUGUACAGAUGUCCCGCAGACGCGGCCAUGUCCAUCGCAUCUGUGGUCGCCAUCGGUGGAAGCUUCUCGAUACUCGUUGCAACAAGCGAGGUCGUUGCAGCGUGGAUGAUCUGGACGAUUCCAUAAUGACCAUGCCGCGCAGCCACAUCCAUAGCGCGGGGUGAAAGACACUGGGCAAGGCAGUUUGCGGUCAAGAAUUCGGCAACCUCUUCGUGUCCAUACUUCGCGGCAAAGAAUCGAAGGAUGGCGAGGUGGCCACAUCGAGCGGCCAAGUUCAUUGCAAGCGUGGUGGCUCCCUGAUCUCCAACUUGAUGCAGAAAAUGGACGCACCCAAUCGAUCCACUUCCGGCCGCCAGGUCGAGAGCGAGAGUCGAGCACGGGUCGCCUCUGCGGUGGAGCCAGUCAACCCAGUCGAGGCGACCAACAGCCGCGGCUACGUCCAUCCAGUAAACUCGCCGCCCACGGCGCCACAUCGAGUGCAUCGGGUGAAAGAGAUGUGCUGGCAGGACGCGUUUCAACGCGUGGAGGUGGGUUUUGGACAGUACGGCCGAGGUCGGGACAGCCGGUGGGGAGUCCGCGUCGAUGGCGCCGACGGACGCAUGGUGAAUAUACGAGAGAAGAUCCUGGAGUUGGUGCACAGACGCAGCGGCAGUCGAGGUUGCGGCGGCCAUGUUUGCUUGACUCGGGGGACUUUUCUUGUGGCAAUUGCCCAACGCAGCCCACGAAGACCAUCAUUCCUUCUAACCGCCAAAUUUGAAAAUAUGUCAAAAUAUCGAUGAAGAUGUCGUUGUUUGGUAAAUUUGACAUUGAAAUAUC